UUCUCUCUCCCCACGCACACACACUCUCUCUCUCUCCUCGAACGCACACACCAUCCAUGCGCCCUCUUCCUCCUCUUCGGUUCGUCCCUGUGAUCCCUCCCCCGAUCUCUAGGGUUUUAGCACCCCCAUUCCCCCACCGCCAUUUCGAUCGGACCACUCCCCUCCCGCCCGCCGCGAGCGACCCAAGCCUCCGGCGCCGCCACCUUCGUCUGUGAGGCCACCGGAAACCUCGCACAAAUCCCCUCUUUUUUUCGGUCAUUUGUUGCAAAGAUCGGUUCCCCCCCCCCCCUCCUUUCUCGUGUUUCAUUCCUUCGGUCCCCGGAAAUUUCAGAGCUUUCUUGAGAUCUCGCGUUCCUCGAUCUGAUCUUGCCUCGUCUCGCAAGGAGAAUAACAGUUUUGUUUUGUGCGAGAGUUCGUGAGGAAGAUCCUCAGAGUCGAGAUUCUUGCGUCCAUUUUGUCGCGCCAAUAGCUUUCGGAGCAUCUGAUCUCGAAUAGUGAAGGAAAGUUGUCACCUUUGUGCCGUUUCUUGCAACUAGGCUUGGCCCGUGCAUAUUGGUGGGUGGCGGUGAGCUCUGCGGUGCUGCCCGUUCCAUGAAUGGACGGGAGGGAGUCCACGGUGGCGUCGGGGCCGAACUUCUCCUCGUUCUACGCGCAGCACCGGGGCAUCGGGGGUCCGGGUGUCGCGGACCACUCGGUGGGGCUCCACGGCCCGCCCCCCGGCGGAUACCGUCAGCAUCUUGACGCAGUCUCUGCGGGGUACGCAUUCCAGCACCCGCACAUUGGGCAGGAGUACCACCAUGUUGAGGCCUCACCCCCUGUGGCGCAGCACAGCUCUGGUGGUGGCGCCGGCACCGGCGGUAAUAUGGACAUUGGCAUGGGUGUGGCCGUGGGUGCUGAUGCUGAAGGGGAUCAGGGGAGUGGGGCUGGCCAGGAUGAGCAGGUGAAGAAGAAGCGGGGCAGGCCAAGGAAGUAUAAGCCUGAUGGGGCGGUGACACUUGGAUUAUCACCCUCUUCAUCAUCAACACCUCACUCAUCAAGCCUGGGAAUGGGUACCAUGGUCAACACCCCAGGUUCAGGCUUUGGGUCAGGGGGAUCUGGGGGUUCAGGGUCUGGUGCCCCAUCAGAGAAACGUGGGAGAGGGCGACCACCUGGGUCUGGGAAGAUGCAACAGUUGGCUUCGCUCGGAAAGUGGUUUCUUGGCUCUGUUGGAACAGGUUUUACUCCUCAUGUGAUUAUUAUUUCACCAGGAGAGGACGUGGCUGCCAGGAUAAUGGCCUUCUCACAACAAGGCCCAAGGGCAGUAUGCAUCAUUUCAGCAACUGGAGCUGUUUCUACAGCAACCCUUCAUCAGGAUUCGGAAUCUGGUGGUGUGGUUACAUACGAGGGUCGAUUCGAAAUCCUGUGCCUUUCUGGGUCAUACUUGGUGCUGGAUGAUGGUGGCACACGGAGCCGGAGUGGAGGCCUUUGCAUAGCUUUGUGUGGUCCUGACCACAGGGUUAUCGGUGGCAGUGUAGGUGGCGUCUUGACAGCAGCUGGAACAGUUCAGGUGAUAGUGGGGAGCUUCAUGUAUGGCGGUUCAAAGAAAAAUAAAGCGAAAGCCGAGCCAGACAUGGAACACGAAGAGGCGAAUGCCGGUGAGGAAGAGGCCCCUGCAAUGCCACUGCUGGAGCACAGCAUGCCACCUCAUCCGAUGAGCGGAUGGCCACCUGGCAUGAUGAGGCAGAUGGAUUCGAGGUCCUCAAACAUUGAUAUCAACUCGAUCCGUGAGUAGUUUUUCGCGGGAUAAACAUAUGCAAAGACUCAGGCCAGGGUCUCUUGACUUGGAACAAAUCCUCCUCUUUUCCCUUGGAAGGCACGGCAUGUACUAACUUCCUGUAGGUCCCGUGAAGAGUUAUUGUGAUUGCUGUGCUGUCCGUGUUAAUUAGAAACUCGACAUAUCAUAUUAUGAUUAUGUACUUUAAUGUUGUAUGAGGUAACGAGAUUCUACCCACUAUAUAGAAGAAUGAACCUGGGUAUCGAGUUGGUCAUAGAAGGUUGUUCAUCGGAUAUGGGUUGCCUUGGUUGGUUUGGUGUUUGUGGAAUUUGGGUACUGUAGCGAAAAUAGUUCUAUUAAAUUAUAAUUGUGAUUUUAUUGAUUAA